GCCGCGGCCCCGGACGCGGCGCCGACCCCGGACGCGGCCCCCGCCCCGGCCCCGGCGCCGGCGCCCGCCCCGGACUCGGCCUCAGGGCCGUCCUCGGACUCCGGCCCCGAAGCCGGCUCGCAGCGGCUGCUCUUCUCUCACGACCUGGUGUCGGGCCGUUACCGCGGCUCGGUGCACUUCGGGCUGGUGCGCCUCAUCCACGGAGAGGACUCGGACUCGGAGGGCGAGGAGGAGGGCCGCGGGAGCUCGGGCUGCUCCGAGGCGGGGGGCGCGGGCCACGAGGAGGGCCGGGCCAGCCCGCUGCGCCGCGGCUACGUGCGCGUCCAGUGGUACCCGGAGGGCGUCAAGCAGCACGUGAAGGAGACCAAGCUGAAGCUAGAGGACCGCUCUGUGGUGCCCCGGGACGUGGUCCGGCACAUGCGAUCCACCGACAGCCAGUGCGGCACCGUGAUCGACGUCAGCAUCGACUGUGCCGUCAAGCUCAUCGGCACCAACUGCAUCAUCUACCCUGUCAACAGCAAGGACCUGCAGCACAUCUGGCCCUUCAUGUACGGGGACUACAUUGCCUAUGACUGCUGGCUGGGGAAGGUCUACGACUUAAAGAACCAGAUCAUCCUGAAGCUGUCCAACGGUGCCAGGUGCUCCAUGAACACAGAAGAUGGCGCCAAGCUCUAUGACGUCUGUCCCCACGUCAGCGACUCUGGUCUCUUCUUUGAUGACUCCUAUGGCUUCUACCCGGGCCAGGUGCUCAUCGGCCCCGCCAAGAUCUUCUCUAGCGCCCAGUGGCUGUCUGGGGUCAAGCCUGUGCUCAGCACCAAGAGCAAGUUCCGUGUGGUGGUGGAAGAGGUGCAGGUCGUAGAGCUAAAAGUCACAUGGAUUACCAAGAGUUUCUGUCCAGGGGGCACGGACAGCGUCAGCCCCCCGCCCUCUGUCAUUACCCAGGAAAACCUAGGCAGGGUGAAGCGUCUCGGAUGCUUUGACCAUGCUCAGCGGCAGCUUGGGGAGCGCUGUCUGUAUGUCUUCCCAGCCAAGGUAGAGCCGGCCAAGAUUGCCUGUGAAUGUCCAGAAAAACACUGCGCCCAGGGGGAGGGCUCUAUGGCUAAGAAGGUGAAGCGCCUGUUGAAGAAGCAGGUUGUGAGGAUCAUGUCCUGCUCCCCGGACACGCAGUGCUCCCGAGACCAUUCCAUGGAGGACCCGGGAAAGAAAGGAGGGGCCAAAGCCAAGAGCGAAACGGGGUCGGUCAGCCCCGAGGAGACGCCCGAUGGGGCCGCCAGCCCGGUGGAGAUGCAGGAUGAGGGCCCAGAGGAGGCCCAGGACGCGGGUGAGCAGCUGCCCCCCUUCCUGCUGAAGGAAGGUGGCGACGACAGGCUGCACUCGGCAGAGCAGGACGCGGACGACGAGGCCGCCGAUGACACGGAUGACACCAGCUCGGUGACCUCCUCUGCUAGCUCCACCACCUCCUCCCAGAGUGGCAGCGGCACAAGUAGAAAAAAGAGCAUCCCCUUGUCUAUCAAGAACUUGAAGCGGAAACACAAGCGGAAGAAGAAUAAAAUCACUCGUGACUUUAAGCCGGGGGACAGGGUGGCGGUGGAGGUGGUGACCACCAUGACCUCGGCAGACGUGAUGUGGCAAGACGGCUCCGUGGAGUGCAACAUCCGCUCCAACGACCUCUUUCCCGUGCACCACCUGGACAACAACGAAUUCUGCCCCGGAGACUUUGUGGUGGACAAGCGAGUCCAGACCUGUCCAGACCCCGCCGUCUACGGCGUGGUGCAGUCUGGGGACCACGUGGGCCGCACCUGCAUGGUGAAGUGGUUCAAGCUGCGGCCCAGUGGCGAUGACGUGGAGCUGAUUGGAGAAGAGGAGGACGUGAGCGUCUACGACAUUGCUGACCACCCUGACUUCCGGUUCCGCACCACGGACAUCGUCAUCCGCAUCGGCAAUACUGAGGAUGGAGCUCCUCACAAGGAGGAUGAGCCAUCAGUUGGCCAGGUGGCCCGUGUGGACGUCAGCAGCAAGGUGGAGGUGGUGUGGGCUGACAACUCAAAGACCAUCAUUCUGCCCCAGCACUUGUACAACAUCGAGUCUGAGAUUGAGGAGUCGGACUAUGACUCGGUGGAAGGCAGCACCAGUGGGGCGUCCUCGGAUGAGUGGGAGGACGACAGUGACAGCUGGGAGACGGACAACGGGCUGGUGGAGGAUGAGCACCCCAAGAUAGAGGAGCCCCCCAUCCCGCCCACUGAGCAGCCGGCGGCCCCUGAGGAGGACAAGGGGGUAGUGAUCAGCGAAGAGGCUGCCACGGCCGCCAUUCAGGGGGCCGUGGCCAUGGCUGCCCCCGUGGCUGGGCUGAUGGAGAAGGCUGGCAAAGACGGGCCCCCGAAGAGCUUCCGGGAGCUGAAAGAGGCCAUCAAGAUCCUGGAGAGCCUCAAGAACAUGACUGUGGAGCAGCUUCUGACAGGCUCGCCCACCUCCCCCACAGUGGAGCCGGAGAAACCGACUCGGGAGAAGAAGUUUCUAGAUGACAUCAAGAAACUGCAGGAAAAUCUCAAGAAGACCCUGGACAAUGUGGCCAUCGCAGAGGAGGAGAAGAUGGAGGCGAUGCCAGACACGGAGCGCAAGGAGGAGAAGCCGGAAGGGCAGUCACCCGUGAAGGCCGAGUGGCCCAGCGAGACCCCGGUGCUCUGUCAGCAGUGCGGCGGCAAGCCCGGAGUCACCUUCACCAGCGCUAAGGGCGAGGUCUUCUCAGUGCUGGAGUUCGCGCCCUCAAAUCACUCUUUUAAGAAAAUUGAGUUCCAGCCUCCGGAAGCCAAGAAGUUCUUCAGCACAGUACGGAAGGAGAUGGCGUUGCUGGCUACCUCGCUGCCUGACGGCAUCAUGGUCAAGACCUUCGAGGACAGAAUGGCAAUGGCCGGUUGGGGACGCGGUCUCUUGGGGUUUGUUUUUACAGCGGGCGGUGGCGGGAGCCUGCUGCCCGAGCGGUGCCGCGUGCUGGUCCUGUUAAACCCGCGCGGAGGCAAGGGCAAGGCGCUGCAGCUCUUCUGGAGCCACGUGCAGCCCCUGCUGGCCCAGGCCGGCAUCUCCUUCACGCUGAUGCUCACUGAGCGUCGGAACCACGCUCGGGAGCUGGUGCAGGGGUUGGAGCUGGGGCGCUGGGACGCGCUGGUGGUCAUGUCUGGAGACGGGCUGAUGUACGAGGUGGUGAACGGGCUCAUGGAGCGGCCCGACUGGGAGACUGCCAUCCGGAAGCCCCUGUGUAGCCUCCCAGCUGGCUCCGGCAACGCACUGGCAGCUUCUUUGAACCAUUAUGCCGGCUAUGAGCAGGUGACUAACGAGGACCUCUUGACCAACUGCACCCUGCUGCUGUGCCGCCGGCUGCUGGAGCCCAUGAACCUCCUGUCACUGCAGACCGCCUCGGGGCUGCGCCUCUUCUCCGUGCUUAGCCUGUCUUGGGGCUUCAUCGCUGAUGUGGAUCUGGAGAGCGAGAAGUUUCGGCGCCUCGGGGAGCUCCGCUUCACUCUGGGCACCUUCCUGCGCCUGGCGGCGCUGCGCGUGUACCGGGGCCGACUGGCCUACCUGCCCGCAGGAAGGGGGGUCCCCGGGGUGCCCGCCUCCCCUGCAGUGGACCGGCAGGACCAGCAGGGCCCUACGGACGCGCACCUCGUACCCCUGGAGGAGCCGGUGCCCGCGCACUGGACGGUGGUGCCGGAGCAGGACUUCGUGCUGGUGCUGGCGUUGCUGCACUCGCACCUGGGCAGCGAGAUGUUCGCUGCCCCGAUGGGCCGCUGUGCCGCCGGCACCAUGCACCUGUUCUACGUGCGGGCGGGCGUGUCUCGGGCCACGCUGCUGCGCCUCUUCCUGGCCAUGGAGAAGGGGAGGCACUUGGAGCAGGCCUGUCCCUACUUGGUGUACGCGCCCGUGGUCGCCUUCCGCCUGGAGCCCAAGGAUGGAAAGGGUGUGUUUGCCGCCGACGGGGAGUUGUUGGUCAGCGAGGCUGUGCAGGGCCAGGUGCACGCGGACUACAUCUGGAUGGUCAGUGGCUGCGUGGAGCCCCCACCCGGCCAGAAGCCUCGGCGGGGAUCACCUCCAGAAAAGCCCUUAUGACUCCACGGGCCUUGUCGUGCCUUAGCCUGCUUGGUCU